AUGGUUUUAGAAAGAUAUGAGAAGCACCCCGGAAUCCGACGACUGGUCGACCAAAUCCAGGAUCCUCCGCUACUGGUGCUGAGAUAUUUUGAUGACAACCUGUUGAACCUGUCCAAGUCAAGGAUUAUUGAGGGACGGGAGCUCAAGUUGGUUGCGAGAACCGUUCUUCAGGCUCUUGCAGCUCUGCAUGGCGAUGGCUUUAUCCAUACGGACGUCAAACCGGACAAUAUUCUGGUCAACUACGAGAAUGACUCAAAAGCCAUAUGUGAAGUAGCGCUUGGUGAUUGUGGGGACGCGUGCAAUAUUGACACAUUGGCCGAUUCUGAGGAUGGACACAUCAUUGGCGCGGGUAUUUUUCGAAGUCCAGAAGCCAUGCUCAAUCUAAAGUGGGGACCACCGACAGACAUCUGGUCAUUCGGGACGACUCUCAUAAGCUUGAUCUGGGGAAAGGGCUGGCAUAUCUUUAAGCCUGGGAACAUUGACCCUGCGGAUGAGAAAUACCCAGCGUACAUCAUGAUUAAGCAGAUAAAUCUCUUCGGGCCACUUCCAAAGAAGUUCGCAGAGAUAGCGGAUGAGGAACGAGCGGACAUGGCAAUGCAGCUGAACGACUACGUUGAAAGGAUGAGCAGUAAGCAGCGGAAGCCAUUUGCCCUGGCCGAAGACGCGAGGCUUUCGGGGGAGAACCGCGAGUUCAUUUGUAAGAUUAUGAAACUUGACCCGCGAGAUAGGCCUACGGCAGAGGAGUUACUGAAGGACAAGUGGUUCAAUGGAGCAUAA